ACACUAAAUUAAUACCUAAGGGAGAGACUGCCCCAGCUCUGACGGUCCCCUGAGGGUAUGAAACCCAUCUAUCUUAUUAACAAUUCCCUACGCAUCCCUACGCAUCCUCGCAAGAUUGAGAUUGUUUGGCGGCACAAGCGACGGCAGUAUAAACCCGUCCUAUGCUGCACCUCUCGUUGCAUUGGUGUUAAUCCGAGACGAGAUGCAUUUUGCAGUCUCUGAAUCAACCCCCCACCCCGCUUCCCCCCACCCCUGCAUCACAGCAGAGUUCUUCUGCACCCAACUGCAGCUGUCGUACGUUCCCUCGGUCCGAAUGAAUCCAACAUGAGCAUCCCAUACAGGCGUCUUGACCCCUCGAGGCGCGAGAUCCGCCUGCUUGAGAUCCAGCCGGCACGCAUCAUCGACGACCCCAUCGACUGCCGCCUCGUCACCGUUCGCCUUACCGACGAAGUCGAGUACAUCGCCCUCUCGUCGCUCUAUGGCGAAGUGUCCGAAACCGAUAAGAUCCUCCUCGGCGGCCGCCCCGUCACCAUCACCGCCCAUCUCUCCCAGGCCCUGAAACAUGUGCGCGCCGUCUUCUACCCGACCGUCUCGCAGCGCUUCCAGCGCACCCCCGCCAGGCGCCCACACGGCGCCCCUCGCUGGCUUCGGCAACUGUUCGGCCUGAGCAGCUCGCAGUCCAAGUCCGGUGGCGGCGACCCCAACGGGCAGCCGAGGGCCCUACGGGUGUGGAUCGACUUCCUCUGCGUCAACCAGCGCGACGAGUUCGAGAAGUCGAACCACCUCGCCGAGCUGCGGCACAUCUACCGGUCCGCCGAGCUCGUCGUCGGCUGGCUGGGCGAGAAGAGCGAGCACACCGACGUCGCGAUGGCGACGCUGGCCGAGAUCGAGGACGCCAUGCCGGCCCGCUGGGGUGACCCCGGCGACAGGGAGAAGCACCCGGACGACUACUCGCCCACUCACAGGUGGGCAUCGGGGAUAACGCACAUAUGGUCGGAGGGAGCCGACGGCGAGAUCCCGUUCCUGAUGCCGCACUGGAUUGGCUGCAAUGACUUCAUGACCCGCCAGUACUUCCAGCGCCGCUGGAUCCUCGAGGAGAUCGCCAUGGCCCGGUUUCCGUGCUUCCUGAUUGGCGACACCAUAGUGCCGUGGAAGCAGGUGCUUCGCCUGAACCGAAUGAUGGAGGAGUUUAAGUACCAUCCUUCAAAUAUUUUCCCUCCGCAUCUGAGCGCCAUGAUUGCCGAUUUGCCAUUGGAAACGGCGCAUAAGCUGUUGGAUGAGUUCGCAAAGAGGGAAGCGCUGGAGGAUGCGCAGAUCCUCAAAGAGACAGGAAGUAGCAGGGCGACUUCUUCUACGCGGUCUACUUAGCAAUUCAUUCAUUGGGAUGGUUACGGUUGGCUUUAACUAGUAUUUAAUGAUGAGGAUACCCCAAAAGCAACUUUGUUCUGGCGUCUCUGGCAAGACAUAGAAUUUCCAUAUCGGAGCAUAUAUAAACCUCACGGUAUAAGAAGACACCUCUGUCAACCCAAGACGACGAGUUUCCAUGUAGGAUUAGCUACCAUCCCGUUAUUUUACCGAGGGAACUGGAACUUCCCAAAGAUCAAGUAGGCCUGGCAGCCACUAAUUCU